UAUAAUAAUUUUCUUUUAGUUUUAAAUGAACUUUUCUUUCUUUUCCAGGCUGUAAUAUUGAAAGUGCAUUGCUCAAAGUUAUUUUGGUUUGUUGCUCUCCUCCCCUCAUUUGCAUGAGACUGAAGCUUGUCAGACGGACUCCACACCCACUCCUGUAGUAACAGCUUAAUUCUUGUGCAGACUGCAGAGAGUCCUCCACGCACUCGCGGUGUCAACUGUUAAGUCGGUUUUUCCUUUUGCGUGUCAUCAUGCGUUGGACUCUAGCUGGAUGCUUUGGAUUUGUGUUGAUAAGUAUAUCAGUCGCCCUGCAGAUCAGCCAGAAACCCAGGUUCUACGGAUUAAGACCUCGUAAGAAUGUGCCUAUUUACUGCCAAGUCUCACAUCAACAUCUGAAAAGCACAGUGGAGUGGCACAAAGCUGACAAAUAUGGCGCGGUCAAGAAUAAGGUUAUGGAUAAUGAAAGGAUUCGGUUUGGACAUCAACUUAUGAUCCAAAACGCUUUCCUGUACUUCAACGACCUCAAAGUAGAGGACAGAGGAGUGUAUUACUGCUCAGUAAAUGGCACUUUUGGCCCUGGAACUGAAGUACAAGUAGUCAGGCCCUACGACCCUGUCAAAGCCCUGUACAGAAGCCAGAUGAAGGAUGGCCUUAUUGUCCUGCAGGGCCUGCUGUUGGGUGUUUGUAUCGGUGCUUAUCUACUGCGUAGACAAAAUCUGAUGAAAGAUAACGACAGCUUAUACGAAGAGCCUGAAACUGACCACAUAUAUGAGGGCUUGGCCAUUGAGGCAUGUGGAGGAGGUCUGUAUGAAGAUCUCACGGCGUACGCUCGGGCUGAGGGAGCCGAGGCCCCGUGGGAGUGAGACCGACAUUUCCUGCCGCCCCAUUGAUAUGGAGUGCAUACUCAUCAUUUUCAGUUGUGCAGUGAAAAGCAGACGGACGGAGCCUCCUGUCGGGUGUGAAUAUAUCUGUGUUUUACCCAGAAUGGUGCAGUUUUUGUCAUAUGCUUAAGACGGUUUACUUCUACAUUUUCCAGCAUUUGCCCUACAAAAUCACAGCAGCUGACAGUCGUGACCCAGCAGGACAGAAACGUCACUGCUAACUAAAUCUAAAGGACAUCAACACAAUUCAAACAACAACAAAGACCCUCCGUUGGUGGUUGUUGUAUGAAUGCAUGAACUGUGUCCCAGGGUGGGUUUGUAAAUGUUAUGUUUUUCUUUCAAAAAAUCGGAACAGUAGAGUCAUUAUCUUCAAGUUUGAUCCGUCUCAUCAUUUUAGAUUUUGGAUUAGGAAUGAUCGACGGAUUCUUUAUAAAACAGUAAUACAGUAUUUUAAUUAAUGACCUCAAUACUGUAAUUUCAGGUAUAAAAAAACAUCAGCUUUCUUAGCUACCCAUGUUGUGCAGCAAUGUAUUUUCUUAUGGCACUCGUUGCCUGGAGAUGACAGUAUAGAAAACAGAUCCUCAUUCAAUCAUAACUACAUUGCUCUAUCUUAUAACAUUCUUGUGUGUGUCUUGUCAAAAAUAUUCAUUCUUACAUUUACUUUGGUUUCUAAAGUCCAGAGAGGGGUACAUAACCCCAUCUUUAAAAACCACUAUGCUAAAGCAUGCUUUCGGCUGAUUUUUGCAUUGAUAAUUUUAUACAUUUUAGUGUUGAUUGUGAAAGAAAUUGUUUGCUCUAACUAACAUCUGAAAUUUCAGCAGGAUUUUUACUUUUUUAGUUUUUUUUUUUGUGCUUUAUAUAAUUAUUUGAUAAACUUUGUUGUAUCUGAUUUUGUUACCGUUUUGUCACCUGACGGCAGCGUACAACUGCUCCCCAUUAGAGCCUCGGCGAGGCUGACUUCAUGUUCAUCAGUGUGUAACAGAAAACAGAUUUCAGGUUGCUUCAUAGGGUGAUUUUUAUUGUUUUUAAAUAAAAUGUUUUUAAAUAAAA